AGCUCUGUAGACUCUGGACUGUAGUUUGGCCACGCCCUCCCUAACUUGAAAAGUAAAUUUAGUACUGCACUGAGCAUGAGUGACAUAAUUAAUUAAUAGAGAAAGGCUGACUGACUGAGUGCAGAAACCCAAGAAUGGCUGCAGAAAGGUCAUUGAAACCAGAUGAAAACCAUGAGAAAUUAUUCGAUGAUGUUUUUGGUUUGAUUAAAAACUACCUUGUCAAGUACCAUGAACGGACUUCUAAGGUUAUUGAUUUCAAACUUCCUAGCGAGCUCAACAAACAGAUUGAUUUCAGAGUAGGGGACAAUGGAGUGGAUGCAAAGGACAUUUUGUCUCUUUGUGAUAAAGUUCUUUCACUUUCUGUGCACACAUGUCAUCCGCAUUUUUACAACACCCUGUUUGGUGAUGCGGAUGAGAUUGGUCUUCUUGGAGCUUUUGUCAGUGCUACGUCCAAUACAAAUGUGUUUACUUAUGAGAUGGCUCCAGUGUACACUUUAAUGGAGAGCCAGGUUUUUACUCAAAUCCGAGAACUGGUGGGCUGGGAUGUAGGAGAUGGAAUCUUUUCACCAGGAGGAUCCAUCUCAAAUUUGUAUGGCCUUCUGCUUGCCAGGUUCAAGCAGUUUCCAGAGUCAAGGAAUGCGGGAAAUUAUGGUCUGCCAAAGAUGGCCUUGUUCUGCUCUAAACAAUCGCAUUACUCCGUGCUCAAGUCAGCAAUCGUUAUGGGAAUAGGCUUAGGGAAUGUCACGCAGAUAAAGUGUGACUUAAACGGAAGGAUGAUUGCAAGUGAAUUGGACUCGGAAUUGGCCAAAGCAGUAUCUAGUGGUAUUGUUCCUGUAGCAGUUGUUGCAACUGCUGGCACUACAGUUCUUGGGUCCAUUGACCCCCUGGAUCAAGUUGCUGAUGUGUGUGAGAAGCACAAGGUUUGGCUACAUGUUGAUGCUGCAGUGGGAGGGGCAUUGCUAUUCUCACGAAAACAUAGGCAAAGUCUAGCAGGAAUCGAGAGGGCAGAUUCGAUGACGUGGAAUCCUCACAAGUCUAUGGGUGCUCCUCUUCAGUGCUCUUGUUUCGUCACAAAACACCAACACAUGCUAGCGGAAUGUAACUCUACUGAAGCCGGCUACCUGUUUCAGAAGGAUAAGAAAAGUUACGACAGCUCUUUGGAUACUGGAGACAAGAGCAUUCAGUGUGGACGUCUUGCCGACGUGUUCAAGCUUUGGCUCAUGUGGAAGCAUGAGGGGAUGUUGGGUUUGGAAAAGAGAAUAGACUGGUGCAUGGAUCUUAGGGACUAUUUCAAGGACAAAAUACAAGCAAGGAGGCCAAGGUUCCGACUGCUUGUUCAGGAGCCUGACCUCACCAAUGUGUGCUUUUGGUAUGUCCCCCCUUGCUUGGAUGACCUUGCAGUACCAGGACCGACUGAUUUCCGUAUAGUUUCCUCAGAAAGGCUGAAUAAAGUUGCUCCCAUCAUCAAAGCUCGUAUGGUAGCCAAGGGCAACAUGAUGAUGGCCUACCAACCACUGCCAGGGGGUGUGCCUAAUUGUCUCCGAAUGGUGAUCAUCAAUCCAAUGUCCACCAAAAAAGAUAUGGACUUUGUGCUUGAUGAAAUAGAAGCACUGGGGCAUGACAUUGCUGUGUGAGCAUUGCCAAUUUCCAUAAUAAUUUUCAUAAAAAUAUUUAGGCCUAAUUUUUUGCUUUUUUUCGUACUUUGUUUUCAGGUGUAUACAUGUAUAUAAUUAUAUAUAGAUAUCUCCAUUACCAUGUUGUUAUACAUAAUAAUUAUGAUCUCUGUGUGGGAAAGCACCAAA